GAAAGAAACUGUAGAAAGGGAGGAGACGAAGAAGAAAGAAAGAAAAAGAAAAGGAGGAGAUGAGCGAGAGGAGGAGGAGCAGGGAGGGAGAAAAAGUUCAACAGAAAGUUUACGCCCCGCGCUCGAGGCUCCUCCUGCUGGAGGAUUAUAAGGCAAAUGUCGGAGCGGGCGCGGGCCACUGGGGGAAGUUGUGCAGGGUCAAUAACGCGCACAAAGAUCCACGCACACGCACGCAGGGGAUCCGCAAAUCACGCACACGAGCUCGCUCGGGCAACAAGUCGUGUGCGCAACUUCCAAACAUUCUGCUUUGGUUGUUUGGCAACUUUUGGGGGAGUUGGUCGCUGCAAAGAUGACCACAGCUGUGGUGUCGCCUUUCUUCGACUUCGAAGCAAUCAAUAAGAACAACAAGUUGCUGGGCUACAACGGCAACCUGGCUGCCGCUCACGCCAACGUCUCCGGCGCCCUGCUGGACAGGAAGGCGGUGGGCUCCCCGGGGGUGUACCAGCGGCGGCACUCUGUCAGCAGCGGCAGCGCAAAGUUCAACCAGAACCAGUUCCUCAACAGCCUGAAGGCGGCCGAGCACUCGCCGCUCAUCACGGGGCUCGGCGGCAACAACAAGGAAAACCACCUGCGGCUGCGCGACCGCUCUUUCUCCGAGACGGGCGAGCGGCUCCUGCACAAGUGCCUGGGCCCGGCCAGCCCCACGGGCGGUCAGGUGAACUCCAGCCGCUACAAGACGGAGCUGUGUCGGCCCUUCGAGGAGAACGGCGCCUGCAAGUACGGCGACAAGUGCCAGUUUGCGCACGGCAUCCACGAACUGCGCAGCCUGAGCCGCCACCCCAAGUACAAGACGGAGCUGUGCCGCACCUUCCACACCAUCGGAUUCUGCCCCUACGGGCCCCGCUGCCAUUUCAUCCACAAUGCCGACGAGCGCCGCGGACCCCCGCUCAAGUCCAACAACGGUUCGUCCCCGUCCCCCUGCUCUUCCUCCUCCUCCUCGGGCGAGAUGGAGCGGCCCCGGCUGCAGCACAGCUACAGCUUCGCCGGCUUCCCCAGUUCGGCGGGGCUCCGCGACAGCCCCACGUCCGUCACCCCGCCGCCCAUGUUCUUCCCCGACGAGGUGCCCGACUGGCCCAGCAGCAACCCUUUCACCUACUCCAGCCAGGAGCUGGCCAACCUGUUUGGGCCCAGUCUGGGCGGCAUGACCCUGGGCCCCGAGCCCGGCAACGGCGCGCCUCCUUCCCCCACCAACGGGCCUUACUACUUCCGACCAAUGCUGGAGUCGCCCCAGAUGUUCGAGUCCCCGGCCAGCCCGCAGGACUCCCUCUCGGACCAGGAGGGCUACCAGAGCAGCUCCGGGAGCAGCCUGAGUGGCUCCGAGUCACCCACGCUCGACACCACCCGCCGACUCCCCAUCUUCAGCCGCCUCUCCAUCUCAGAUGAUUAGACGGCACGCCUUAUCGUGCCCCUUUGGGGUUUUUUGGACACGGGGAAAAUGGGGCCUCAGGCGGCGUCACUCCCUUGUCACCGCCACAAGGACGUAGGGCAGGAUUCCCCCCAACGUUUGCCGCCUUACACACCGGCCAUCUAGGCCUUCUUUUUUCCGCCUUUUUACCGGCUUGCUGCCCUGUGUGUAAGGUAUGCGGGCUGGGGGGUUUGAUGUUGUCCCAGGAAUUUGGGAAAUCACAGGCGGAACGCCGCCGGCCACGACAGAGGGUGUGAAGUUUAACACUCGAGACUCACUGCCAAAAACCUUUUGAUCAUUUUACUCUGACAAUCUGCGACCCGGAAGAUCUGGGCCCCGCGGGUCUCAGUUUGGGAAACCUAAAAAAAAGUGACUGGCAAACCAUUUUGGGCCCCCAUGCCUCAGUUUACCAAUCAACCACGUUUGGACCCUUGAACCCCAACAAAGGUCAUCCACCAACAAUUUUGGGCCCCAGAGACUCAACGAUUUUGAACCCCCUGAACCUCAGUUUAGGCAGACCCAAUGACUUAUGAACCAUUUUCAGCCCCUGUGCUUCAGUUUGGAAAAUACAUAAAAAUGAGAAACGACCGAUUUUCAAACCAUAUGCCUCAGUUUGUAAAACCCGGUAACCAACGAACUAUUUUUGGACAACUGUGCUUAAGUCUGGGUAACAGGAUGACCCCAAAAAAUAAUUUCUUCAACACAAGAGCCUCAUUUAGGAAAAUAUGUUACCCACAAACCAGCUCCGCAGUUUGUGAAACCGUGUCACCCAGAAAACGUAUUUGCGAACCUAUUUUGGGCCCCCAUGUGCCUCAGUUUGUGAAACUUGGUAACACACAAGCAAUUUUUGGUACCCUGAGCCUCCAGCAGGCAAAACCCAGGAGCCAUUUUGGGCCUUCAAGCCUAAAUUCGGGACACAAGUCUUCCGAAAAUUACUCGAAUAAUUUUCAGCCCCAUGCCGACGUUUAGAAAAUCUGGCGACCCAGAAAAAGCCACGCGCGAACCAUUUUGAGUCCCCUGUGCCUCAGUUUGGGAACGCCCGCAAGUUUAGGAACCGUCAGCAAAUCAUUUCAUCCCUGUUAAUCUGCACACAGCCAGUUUAUUUUCUUUUAGGGGAGUAAAGUAAAAAAGAAAAGUGCCCUGCCAUGUGUCAUAGUGCCAAUAAAAAAAACAUCAGAAAGGAAUUCAACUGAAAAUCACGAGAAUUGACUCUUAUCAUUUUUUGUUAUUUUUCCGCCAAGUUUUUUUUCUCUCUCUCUCGCUCUCUCGAAUGUGUAGCAGCACAAGUGGCCUUGGAAAAUAAACCGGGGGACUGUAUUGCACUAGCCGCCCCGCCUCAUUGCCCCCAUCCCCCACUACCCGAGAACCAGAACAAACAAAAAACACGCAACCCUGAAAAGAUAUGAAUAGUUGCAACAAUAAAUAAAUGCAAAGGAAAAAGUGCCUAGGGGACGGGGUUUGUGUGUUUUGCCUGGGGGUGAAUGGACUACUGUGCUUAUGUAAUUGUGAUGUAGGGUGAGUCUGCAGGAAGGACUUUUGAACUGGAAGUUGGUCGCCACCCACCCGCAACACCCAACCCCCCCCUCCCCCCUUCACCCCCCCCCCUUUUUUUUUUUCUCAUCCUGUUGCUGGUCACUGGCUUCUUAUUUUAUUUUUCUUCAUCUUUAUUAAGCUGAUCAUCAUUGGCCACCUCACUUGACAAGAUUUCCAAGCUCUCUUUUCUUCCUUUUAUUUUUUAUUAAUGUUAUUAUUAUGGUUAUUAUUAUUAUUUGAGAACUUUCCAGACAGGUUUUUUUUUUUUUUUUUUUUUUUUGCUUGUCACUGCUUAUUUAACUUAUCAGAACAUAUUUAUUGGUGAUCAUAUGCGUUUUUUUUCCUCUCGUUUUUUUGUUGUUUAAUUUUUGUAUUUAUCUGGAUAAUGAACAAUAGAAUAUAUUUUCUUUUAUGUUAAAUUAUGAUCUUCCAUAUUAAUCUAAAGAUUGUGAAGACAUUUUGUCGGUUUUCUUUUUGUUUUUCUUUUGUUUUCUCCACAGUUUAAUAUAUUGUUCUUCUGCAACUACACUUUUUUGUCAAAAUUAAUUUAAACUGGGACAAGAAAAAAAAUGCCGUUUUUGAUUAUUUAUUUCAUAUCUUCCCUUGAAACUGCAAUUCCACCGGAAUUGUUUUUUGUUUUUUUUUCUCGUUUAGCUGUUUCCUCCACACACACACACUUUUCGAGUGCUUUCGAGAAGUAACUCGGGUGCUUUUAAGAUGUUUUUCUUUUCUUUUUUGUUUUGGUUUUUGGGGUAACGUUCCUCCUAUUUCCACCCAGUCUGCUGUGACCAAAUAGCUUGAGGAAAAGUGAGUUCAAGUGCCUCGUUUGCGUACAUUCCAGGUAGCUAAGGAUGACGGAGGACCGGUUUUUUUUUGUGGUUUUUUUCCCUUCCCUGCGUUGUUGCCUUCAUACGUUUUACAGAAAACACAAGUUUGUUUUUUUUUUUUUUGGGACACAAAGAAAGUAAAAAGACAAAAACUGUUGAAUGUAUAUUUCCAGCCAUGUUUGUCACUACAGUCCUGUGCUGUCACCUCUUUCUUUUUUUGUAAAGUAUUGAUUGCAGUUCAAAGUCAAUAAACCCCUUAUUUUUCCGGAAAAAUUUGAAAAGUUGUCUGAGUUGUGUUGGAAUGUUGAAAAACGACAGAAAUUUGGGACCCAAACGUUGUGGAUUUACUUCACAUUUUACCAUGACAAAGCUCUAUAUAUUGUACGUACAAUUUGAAAAGACAUUCACGACAGCAAACGUGCAUCAAAAUGCCCUUUGCCAAUAGAAAUUGAAGACUAUUAAAAUAGCUUACGUUUGCCAACACAAAUGCUCGAUUGGAUACUCGGCGACAUGCUAACAUCUCAUUAAAAUGUGCUUUGAUAGUUGCCAAGGUUCGAUAAAGUCUUUGCGUCAUAGGCGAACGUCUCAUGAAAAUGUGCAUAGUCUUUUUGACAUGCGUGAAAAUCUCGCAUGAAAAUGUGUUUUGAUGCCAGUUCGGUUUUAGUUUUUCGUGACACUGACAUCUCGCGUGAAAAUGCUCUACGGUCGAUUUCUGAGACAUGCGCUCACAGCAAGCAAGAAAGUGUGCUCAGAUAGUCUGCCACGUAUGACGACACCUCGCAAGAAAAUGUGCUUAGUCUUUGUAACAUACGCUGUUUUUUGAUGCUAGCCAGAUUUGAUAGUCUUGUGACACGCUAACAUCUUGCAUGAAACAGUUUUUGAUGCUAACCAGAUUAGGUAGUCUUGAGACAAGAUAACCAGAUUAGGUAGUCUUGAGACAUGUUAACAUCUUGCAUGAAACAGUUUUUGUUGCUAACCAGAUUAGAUAGUCUUGAGACAUGCUAACAUCUCGCAUGACAAUGUCCUUAGUCUUUGCGACAUACGCUGAAAUCUCACAUGAAAAUGUUUUUGGAUGCUAGCCAGAUUUGAUAGUCUGUUGGCAUGCUAACAUCUCGCACGAGAAUGCGCUUAGUCUUUGCGACACGCUAAAAUCUCACAUGAAAAUGCUUUUGGAUGCUAGCCAGAUUUGAUAGCCCUGAAACACGCUAGCAUCUCGUGUGAAAAUGUGCUUAGUCGCUGCAACAUAUGCUAAAAUCUUACAUGCGGAUGUUUUUGGAUGCUAGCGAGAUUUAAUAGCCCCGAAACAUGCUCAAAUUUCGUGUCGUCUUUGCGACAUGCGCUAAAAUCAAGCAUGAAAAUGUUUUUUUGAUGCGAGCCAGAUUUGGUAGUCUGUUGACAUGCUAACAUCUCGCAUGAAAAUGUGCUUCGUUUUUGCGACAUAAGCCAAAAUCUCGUUAAAAUGUGCUUAAAAGUCUCAGUUAUACGCUGACAUCUCGCAUGAAAAUAUGCUUUGAUGCUUGCCUUGCGACAUAUGCUAACAUCUAGCAUGAAAAUGUGCUGAUUGUUUUUGUGACAUCAAAAUUUCAAUAGAAGCAUAUAUUUUUCAGCUCACAUUUUCGGGAGGUUUCCAAGAGGUUCCCCGUAGCACCGUAAAACUUUAGAGGGUGUUUCACGGCGGCGUUAUUUGAUUGGCGGGCGGCGUGGAGGCGACUGACCCGUCUGGUGAUAAACUCUCAACUCUAAAGUACAUGUUAGUGUAUUGAUUGGCGAUCAAUGAUGGCGAGGUUAGUUUAGUUUAGCCAACAGUAUUCCCAGUAAGCGCAGAAUAAACACGCACGCUAUUGAUUACUCAAACAUCACUCACUCGACAAACACGUGACUUUUUAAAAAAAUAAAAUAAAAUUUUAAUCACAGGUGUGGGCAAAGUAUGGCUCAAGGGACACACGAGAUCCACUUUUUUUUUAUCCUGUGUUGUAAUAUUUAUUUUCCUGCAAUUGACAAAAUGACAAAAACAAAAUGACAUUUUGACAUGUACAUUGUAAAUAAUGGAAAUUAAAAUUGAGUAAUGCAUUCAUUAUUCAAAUGAAAUGUUUUAUAUUGUAUAAAAAUAUUGAGUGAACAAUGUUACGU